AUGUCGUCGUUAUGGAAACAUUUUAUUCGACUUACAAGUGGAUAUGCAAAGUGUAAAUAUUGUGAAGUUCAAUAUAAUGUUAAAAAAACUACUUCAUCAUUGCGAUACCACAUACAAAAUAAACAUGCUGACAAACUCCAAGCUGCUACUUCAAUUAAUGAAUGUGAUUCCGAGUCUCAAUCUGAAGAUGAAAUUGAAUUGAGUUCUACUACAAAUAAACGAAGAAGACUAACUACGAAUAAUCUAGAUCCUAAACCAGGCCAAAGCACUGAAAAUAAUGAUGACUAUAAUCCAAUGUCUGAAGCUAUAACUAUUUCUUUGGUUAAAAUGAUCGCUAUGGAUAUGCUUCCAUUAUCGUUUGCCGAAGGACCCGGAAUCGAGCAGUUUCUAAGGACUGUUUGUCCUGAGUAUACUAAACCAAGCGGAUCAGUUAUUAGAAAUCGUCUGCAGGGCAUUUAUGACGUUGUUCGGAACAAAUUGAUUUCGAGUCUGAAUAAUUUUCCGCAUAUUUCGAUUACAACCGAUGGUUGGUCUUCACGUGCCAAUCAUUCAUUUGUCACAAUCACUGCACACGGCAUUGAUGACCAAUGGAACCUCCGUUCAUUUACACUGGAUACAUUAGAGAUGUCCGAAAGUCACACAGCGAGGAAUACGUACAAUCAUUUAAAAGGACUAUCAAGUUGGAAUCUAUAUGAAAAAGUUAUAGCUGUUGUCCAUGAUAAUGCACCGUACAUGGUUGCUGCCAUCCGAGAUUAUUGGAGCAAUGACAGUGAAAUAGAUGUGAGCGUUCGUUGUUUCUGUCAUUCCUUACAAUGUGUUGUUGAGUGGGCUCUAAAAAAUGACGUUUUAUCAGAAUGCUUACGCAAAAUUUCUGCUGUAGUAGGGCAUUUCAAGCACUCAAAUAAAGCGAGUACAGCUCUAACUUCAGCUCAAAAAAAAUACCGUUUGCCAAAUCAUCGAUUAAUAAGUCACUGUCCUUCUCGCUGGAAUUCUGCUUUUGUAAUGAUCGAACGUGUUAUUGAACAACGAGAAGCAAUAACAUGUGUUUUAUUAGAUAAAGAAGUAACAACCCCAGAAUCAAUGAAAAAAUUGCUGCUGAGCAAUGAUGAUUGGGAUUACAUAAUUGAUGUUAAAAAGAUCUUAGAACCUUUUGAUGUUGCUACUAGAAUAAUGUCCUCGGAAUCACAAUCAACAAUUGCGAUGGUUCGACCAACCGUUCAUUUAAUUAUAAAAAAAUUUUUACAACCCAAAGAUGACGACAGCGGAGAAAUUCACUUAUUGAAGGAUAUAUUGGAAGAAAAGUUAAGAAAUAGGUUCUUAAAAACUACAAGUGUUGCUUUGUGUGGGCUCGCAUGCUACUUGGAUCCUCGGUAUAAAGAUUUGCGUGAUGAAUCUCAAUCGUAUCGACAAAAAGUUAAAGAUACAUUGUUAGAAGUAAUAUCAAUUGAGAAUACUCAUCAUGAGUUUCAAACUUCGGCCAAAGAUCAAAGGGAAAAAGAUUUGGAGUACCUCUUCGAUCCUGAACGAGGUUUAUCAGGGGACCUUGAGCGAGCACUAAGUUUUGAAAAUAAGACUACUAUUAAAAAAGAAAUUGACAAGUAUGACAGAGAAUUAACUAUCCCAAAAGGAGAUAAUCCUCUGCUGUGGUGGAAGUCGAAGCAGCAUAAAUAUCCAAUCUUAGCUACUUAUGCAAGAAGAUAUUUGGGCGUCCCAUCCUCGAGUACACCGUCCGAGCGAGUGUUUUCAACAGCAAGAAAUAUUAUUUCCACAAAAAGGAGUUGUUUAUUACCUGAAAACGCUAAUUUGUUGAUAUUCUUGUAUCAAAAUCGAGAAAUUAUAGAAGAAACUGAUUAA